UGCUCAAUUGUCCAGUCAGUCUCCUGCUGUAGUGCCCAACCAGUCUCCUUCUCUAAUGCCCAGCCAGUCUCCUGCUCUAGUGCCCAACCAGUCUCCUGCUGUAGUGCCCAACCAGUCUCCUGCUCUUCUUCCAAGUCAGUCUCCUGCUCAAUUGUCCAGCCAGUCUCCUGCUGUAGUGCCAAAUCAGUCUCCUGCUCUAAUGCCCAGUCAGUCUCCUACUCUAGUGCCCAACCAGUCUCCUGCUGUAGUGCCCAGUCAGUCUCCUGCUCUAAUGCCCAGUCAGUCUCCGGCUCUAAUGCCCAGUCAGUCUCCUGCUGUAAUGCCCAGCCAGUCUCCUGCUCUAGUGCCCAGUCAGUCUCCUGCUCAAGUGCCCAAUCAGUCUCCUGCUCUAAUGCCCACCCAUUCUCCUGCUCUAUUACCCCACCAGUCUUCUGCUUUAGUGUGCAGCCAGUCUCUUACUAAAGGCCUCAGUCAAUCUCCUUCUCAAGGUUCCUGCCAUUUUCCUACCCAAGGAUCCAUCCACUCUUCUUCCCAGGAACCAAGUCAUUCUCCUGCUCAAGUAGCCAAUAAGUGUCCUGUCCAAGUACCUGCUCAGUCUACUGCUCAAAGUUCCUGCCAGUCUCCUGUACAAGUAUCCAGUCAAUCUCCUGCCCAAGGCCCCAGCCAAUCUCCUGCACAGGAGCGGAGUUCCCUUAUUCCUAAAUUAGAGGGUGCAGAACAGACUGUCAAUGAGGAGUCAGGAAAUUUCAUGCAGCGCCAGUUUGGGGCCCUCCUGCAGCCAGCAGUCAACAAGUUCUCCUUGCGGAUGUUUGGAAGCCAUAAGGCCGUAGAGAUUGAACAGCAAAGAGUUAAAUCAGUUGGAUCUUGGAUUAUUCACCCUUACAGCGACUUCAGGUUCUACUGGGACCUGAUUAUGCUUCUCCUCAUGGGCGCCAACUUGAUUAUCCUUCCUGUUGGAAUCACCUUUUUCAAGGAUGAGAACACCCCUCCAUGGAUUGUGUUCAAUGUCCUCUCUGACACUUUUUUCCUGGCUGACCUGGUGCUGAAUUUCCGUACUGGGAUAGUGGUGGAGGACAACACUGAGAUUAUUCUGGACCCUCACACCAUCAAGAUGAAGUAUCUCAAGAGCUGGUUUCUGGUGGAUUUUGUGUCCUCUAUCCCUGUGGAUUAUAUCUUUCUUAUAGUGGAUUUGGAGACACGUGUAGACUCAGAGGUAUACAAGACGGCUCGGGCCCUACGGAUUGUGAGGUUCACCAAGAUUCUUAGCCUCUUAAGACUCUUGCGCCUUUCCCGGUUGAUUCGCUAUAUCCACCAAUGGGAGGAGAUCUUCCACAUGACGUAUGACCUUGCCAGCGCGGUGGUGCGAAUAUUUAACCUUAUCGGAAUGAUGUUAUUGCUGUGCCACUGGGACGGCUGUUUGCAAUUCCUGGUGCCAAUGCUGCAAGACUUCCCAGAGGAUUGUUGGGUCUCCAUCAACCAAAUGGCGAAUGAGUCCUGGGGAAAGCAAUAUUCUCAUGCUCUGUUUAAGGCCAUGAGUCACAUGCUCUGCAUCGGGUAUGGCCAACAAGCACCCGAAGGAAUGACCGACGUUUGGCUCACCAUGCUCAGUAUGAUUGUUGGGGCCACAUGCUACGCCAUGUUUAUUGGCCAUGCCACAGCUCUCAUACAAUCUCUGGAUUCCUCUCGACGGCAGUACCAAGAGAAGUACAAACAAGUGGAGCAGUACAUGUCCUUCCAUAAGCUCCCCCCAGACACACGCCAGAGGAUCCAUGAGUAUUAUGAGCAUCGCUACCAGGGGAAGAUGUUUGAUGAGGAAAACAUCCUGGGGGAGCUCAGUGAGCCCCUGAACGAGGAGAUUGUCAACUUUAACUGCCGGAACCUUGUUGCAAACAUGCCUCUCUUCGCCAACGCAGACCCAAAUUUUGUGACGGCCAUGUUAACCAAACUGCGCUUCGAGGUCUUCCAACCUGGGGAUUACAUCAUUCGUGAGGGCACUGUGGGUAAAAAGAUGUAUUUCAUACAGCACGGAGUGGUCAGUAUUCUCACCAGGGGCAGCAAGGAGACCAAACUUUCGGACGGCUCCUACUUUGGAGAGAUCUGCCUCCUUACCCGUGGGCGCCGGACUGCGAGCGUGAGAGCAGACACAUAUUGCCGCUUGUAUUCUCUCUCUGUGGAUAAUUUUAAUGAAGUCCUGGAAGAAUAUCCCAUGAUGAGGCGCGCAUUUGAGACAGUGGCCAUGGAUCGCCUGGACAGGAUUGGCAGGAAGAACUCCAUCCUUUUACGUAAGAGGGCAGAGAACAGCACAGGAUCUGUGAACAAUGAGAUAAUUCAGCAGAUUGUGAAGCAUGAUCGUGACAUGGCUUACAAUAUCCAGGAUGUUAAGUCCUUGACAGCCACACGGGACCCUAACAAGACUCUCAUCUGGGAGCAACUUGUUCACGCUCCAUUACAAACUGCAGCAGCCACGACCAGUGUGGCCAUCGCACUAACUCACCAGCAGAACCAUCAAGCCAAUGUUUUUUUGCCACCAUCAUCGCUCCCAGAAACAGCCUACAUGAGUCGCCAAGCCAGGCGGUCUCAGCCCAGCCUACGAGGAUCCCAUCCCUCCUCUGUCAGUUCUCCGUCAGGGGCUCAGUCUCACCUGCAAACCCCAGCUGGUGUUUCUCCAUCUUCCCCUUCUGGGGUGCAAAAACAGAGCAUUAAUGGUCAGUGUCCUCAAAUUCCUGUACGGCUGAGCCAGUCACAGAGAGGGGAACCCCAAUCAGUAGCAAAGCCACCUAUUCUCCCAUCGCAGGUGCAGUUAUCUCGUUCACGUGGAGCAUCGGCAUCCACCUCUGUCCUGCAGCAGGCGGUGGGACCCACCAGCUCCUCUGUAGUCCCAGGUUCACUUUCUGGAAGGACUCUGCACUACAGUUUGUCUAGAGCCAGUGGCUCUCAUAUUUCUCUGCUGAUGCAGCAGGCAGCCAGUUCCCCUCAGCAACUGGUCAAAUACAGGAGCAUACAGGGACUUCCUAUUGGAAGACGUUCACAAGAUGUCCGACUCCUGUCAGCUUCUCAGCCUUCUCUGCCCAACAAGGUCACCCACCAGCAGGAUGGUUCUAUGCUCCAAAUUGCAGCAGGGGCUGCCAGUAAUAAAUCCACCCCCUCUGUAUCUGCAAUGUUAGUCAGGCCAUCAUUGUCAUCGCCCUCAGCUCACCCACAACAGCAGCCUUCAGGGUCUCUGGUCUUUUCUGGGCGAUCAGUCAGUGGUUCAGUCACCCCACAGUCUCCUGUAUCCGCCCCAAGGCCGGCUGGGCAAUUACGCAAGGGAUCUGUAGUGUUUAGCCCAGAUGUGGAAGUGAGUAAACCAAAAUUACCUUCCAAUAUGUAAGAUGAGACCUGAACCAGGCAGGAAAUAUAUUCAGGUGUAUUCCUAUGUAGGAACAAACCCGAACAUUCCCUAAACCAAAGCAGGAAAUUUUAACUACUGACAUAAGCAGAGGUGGUGUGGGUAGGGGUUUCAUACUAGAGGUGGUUAUGACAUCAAGGUCUCCACACCAAGCAAACCCACUAGGUUUAAUUCUGCAGGUACCUUAUUAUAAUCUAAUGCCUCUUGUGUUUUGACGGUUCUGGAGGUGGAGAUUCAAAUGUAAAAGUAACCAAAGAUGGCAAAGGCCUAGAAUACCUUCUAACCCAUCAAUGGUACAAUGGAUCACUAGUUGGGUGGCAAGUGGUGGCACAGAAUAAAACAGGAGACAAUGUCUAAGGAAAGAUGAAAGAGGCAUGCCCCUGUCUGGUAUGGAUAACAUCAAACCAUGGAACUAAGGAUUCAGAGGUACAUUAAGUACUCCG